UGUAUUUGCAUCGCGAUCAGUUUACAGCGAUGAAAAACUCUUCUCAUCUAUCUCAUUAUUAAAUUACACGAUGGACAGAAACAUCGAUUCAAAUAUACACACAAACACAAGAACCACUACACAAAUCAACACCAGCACCAACAGACGCAAUUCCAGAAUUCGAAAUAAUCGCCAUCUGCGAGCUCAAGAUACCACCAUACAAUGCAUUUGCCAGCCUCCUCUAGCCCUCUUUCAACAAGAGAGCGAGAAAUUUUCAUGGACUCAGUCUUGUGCAUAUGCUAUGCAAGGGGCGUCCGCGCUACUCAUUCUGAUCUUUUGGACACAAAAAGAUUUGGUAGCUAUGAAAUGGCUCGUAUUGGCGUACGCUUUCAACCAGGUCUCAAAACCCUCCAAGAGGAAUUGGACUGACGAGUUGAGUUGAAUAGAAGUUAUCUGCUAUGGCUCCUGAUCAUUCUCUACGUCGUUUUGACGAACUUGGAAUCGACAAGAAGGUGUGUGGCUCUGUUGUAAAUCAUCAAGAGGAGUCUACUGAACGAUCUUAGACGAUUGUGGAAAUACGUACUAUCCACUUCGGCGAUGUUCGUUUUCGUCUUGGUUGCAGCACAGCCGCCCUUGUCGGAGAUGUUUCUUCUUGUACCUGCGUUCGUCAAUGCGGGCAUGGUUUUUAUAUCAGCGUGGGAGGGAUAUCGAAAGCAGAAGGAGGGGGCUAUGACGCUGCCACAGCAAAGUGAAUUACGGUUCAAGAGCGAGUCUCAUACAAUGCACAGCUUGCCCUUUGUCCCAAAGCCAAAGAGAAAGUCGCGAGGCUUGGGAAUUGCAUUGCCAGCGACGUAUUCCAUGCCGUUUUAGACAGCAUUGAAGAAGCCAGAGGUUCGGACGACCAGCAUUCGAAUUCUGACCAGUAUUCCGAAAGAAAGCUGAUUGAUGUCCAUUGCCACGAGAGAAGCGAUAACUCCAUACCAAAAAAUGAUGUGGGAAGAAUUGAUGAUCGGCAUUUAUGGGGUGGCAAUCGAGAUAUCGUUGAUUUUGUGACAUGGAAGUCAGUUGCUGCAAUCCAGUCGUUGCGAGGAUAUCUCAGGAGAAGGUUCUUCCCAUACAGCGUCAACGGAAUCUUGACCACGCAUGGGAGGAUCCAGGAUAGGGGGUGA